GGGGACGUGGCAACAGCUCAAGCGGGCGGGGCCCGGCCGUGGUGGGAGGCGGAGCCGCCCGGGGAGGAGGCGCCGAGCGGGCCGGGCGCCGCCGCGGGAGGUUGUGGAGACGCCGGGAGAGGCGCGUGUCCAGCUGCGCAGACCUGUGGUAACUAGUUAACUAAUUCAACAAACGGACCCUUCUGUGUGUCAGAAACUGCAAGGAGUUGCUAGCCCAGGGAGGCAGACGGACUGAACACUGGGAAAGUCCAGGUCCAGAACAGUGUGUGGCUGUCACUGAAUGCCUUGCAGACACUGCUCUCUGUGACCAUGAAACGCUGGCUGUCCACAUUGCUAGUGGCCUGGUUUGGUGUCCUGGGCUAUGUGCAGGCUGAAGUCUUCACUUCUAUUGGGCACAUGACCGACUUAAUUUAUGCGGAGAAGGACCUGGUGCAAUCUCUGAAGGAGUAUAUCCUUGUGGAGGAAGCCAAGCUCUCCAAGAUUAAGAGCUGGGCCAACAAAAUGGAAGCCUUGACCAGCAAGUCAGCUGCUGACCCCGAAGGUUACCUGGCCCACCCCGUGAAUGCUUAUAAACUGGUGAAGCGGCUGAACACAGAUUGGCCUGCGCUGGAGGACCUUGUCCUGCAGGACUCAGCUGCAGGUUUUAUUGCCAACCUGUCUGUGCAGCGGCAGUUCUUCCCCACUGACGAAGACGAAAUGGGAGCCGCCAAGGCCCUGAUGAGACUUCAGGACACAUACAAGCUGGACCCAGACACGAUUUCUAAAGGACAACUUCCAGGAACCAAGUACCAGGCCAUGCUGAGUGUGGAUGACUGUUUUGGGAUGGGCCGCUCUGCCUACAACGAAGGUGACUAUUACCACACAGUCCUGUGGAUGGAGCAGGUGCUGAAGCAGCUCGAUGCUGGGGAGGAGGCCACCAUAGCCAAGGCUGAGGUGCUGGACUACCUGAGCUACGCUGUCUUCCAGCUGGGUGACCUGCACCGUGCCCUGGAGCUCACCCGCCGCCUGCUUUCUCUUGACCCAAGCCAUGAACGAGCUGGAGGGAAUCUGCGGUACUUUGAACGGUUGUUGGAGGAAGAAAGAGAAAAAAUGUUAUCAAAUCAGACAGAAGUUGGACUAGCCACACAGGAAAGCAUCUAUGAGAGGCCUGUGGACUACCUGCCUGAGAGGGACAUCUAUGAGAGCCUCUGUCGUGGGGAGGGUGUCAAACUGACUCCCCGGAGGCAGAAGAGGCUUUUCUGUAGGUACCACCAUGGCAACAGAUCGCCGCAGCUCCUCAUUGCCCCCUUCAAAGAGGAGGAUGAGUGGGACAGCCCACACAUCGUCAGGUACUACGAUGUCAUGUCUGAUGAGGAAAUUGAGAGGAUCAAGGAGAUCGCGAAACCCAAACUUGCACGAGCCACUGUUCGUGAUCCCAAGACAGGCGUCCUCACUGUUGCCAGCUACAGGGUUUCCAAAAGCUCAUGGCUGGAGGAGGACGAUGACCCUGUUGUGGCUCGAGUGAAUCUUCGGAUGCAGCACAUCACAGGGCUCACAGUAAAGACUGCAGAACUGCUGCAGGUCUCCAUUAUUGCCAGUUUUGCAGAAUCUCACAUCGGACUGUUGGAAUCGCCAAAAAAGGAUAUGCAAAAAAAUACCAACUUCCUGAACACCGAUAGCUGAGGCCCAGAGGUUUUUAGGGUUUCAGUACAAUACAGUGCCAAAUGUUCCCAGAUGGACAUUGGUGGUACCACUUGAUCUAUCAGCUUCCAUUAUCAGAUACUGUACUUCGUCUUGAACUCUGUCUCUCAUUCUGUCCACUGAGGCUAGAAUAACUGUUUGUGACUUAAGACUUACAUUGUGCGGGCGCCUGGGUGGCUCAGUUGGUUAAGACUUACAUUGUGCUGAUAAACUGUUCAGUCAGGCGUUUACAGCUUAUAAAUCCAGUUACUGACGUCUGGUAGUUGCGGAAGCCAAGAUGGCUCCGGUCAUGCUCCAGGCCCAGGCUCCCACCAGGGACGCUGAGGCGGUCAUCGGCUGCCCAGGUCCUGUUGUUUCACUUGGAUGCAGAACUGACCGUACAGGGAACCACUGUGAGAGGGAGUGGGAUCUGUUCCCUCUGCUCCCUUUGACCAGGAACAGCAACCAGGGCGCAGUGACCUGGGGCAGGAGCAGCGUCAGGUCCUCAGGAGCUCCCAAACUAGUAUAAGAACAACGUUCCUGUCUUGAGUUUCUUGUUGGAUUUCCUCUGGAUUACCUUCCUGUUAUCUUGCAAACACACAGGGCCCCGGCCAGGGCCUGCCUCAAUGGAAGGCGCUCUCUUCUGCCCUCUGAGUGUCCCUGAAGGGCUGGAGCUUCUCCGCCAUGGCCCUCUGCAGGUUGCCCAUUUUGUUGUGUUUGGGAAACCCCGUUUAUGCUGCGGCCAGACUCUUGGACACAGCCGUGGAUACAUUUGAUGUGUUCGGUGUCCCAGUGCUGGCAGGGCGUAGUUAUCAUCCACCUUCGAGAGGGUGCACUUGGGGGUUCUGGUUAUUAAGGAAUGCAGGUUGUUUUGGUUGUUGUGGGGAGACAGUAUCCCUGGGGAGAUGGGCUGCUUCAGGACUGUUCAUGCUGCUGACAAAGUCCAAUGCUGUUCUUUCCCACCAGGUUGCUAAUUAUGGAAUGGGAGGACAGUACGAGCCACAUUUUGACUUCUCUAGG